UAAGACAAGGGUAAAACUGUUUAUGUCUAAAUCAGUUUAUUCGAGCUUUUGAAAUUAAAACUUCAACGCGAGAGCUGUGCAAUAACUAGAUAAAAAGAAUUGUAUUAUGUUUGUUGUAACUCUGAUCUUCGUAUUGGUUAGUUGUGGAUGGCUGAUAAAUGCAGAUAUCAAUGCAGACAUUCAGUUUGUUCCUGAAAUCAAUGAAUUUGAGAUCGACAUCAACCACUAUGAGGUAACACAAAAUUCUGUUAGAUGCAUCUACAACAUCUCUACUACGUUCACAAUAUUAUGGUGGAAAGAUGAUUCUGAAGUACAAAUCACACAAGCCGGUAAAGCAGCAGUGUUUCAAGAAUCUAUUUCCGAAAAUGAAGUUGGCCUGUACUUUUUGCAUUAUGUAGAAAUUAAUGAUUCGGGAAAUUACACUUGCAGAGUGCAAACAUCUUCUGAUUUGGGCUCCCGAAUUUUAUCCGUGAACAUCAUAGAUACUGGCACUACAUUGCCACCAGAGACAACAGUACCGCUAUCUACGACUGAGUUUGUAGAUACAACUACACAGCAAGUGACAACAGACAUAUCAACAGCCUACUCAACAACAUCUGCGACAACUUCGACAUAUAUUACAACAGAUGAAAGUACAACACGAGAAACAACGACAAUACCUGUUGAAACAACAAAUGAAAGUUUGCCGCCGACUACAGAACCAUGGCAAAAUGAAGUGACAACAGAAAUCAUUUACGAAUCAACAGGUGUGACAGAAAAUUCUGGAAAUAAAGGUUAG